UUAAAAUCACAAUUUUUAAUAGAAUACACUUAAAAAUUAUAUAUUGACUUGAAAAUAAAAGUUUCCUCUAUAAUUGGAUAACAAAAUUACUAAUAUACAAAUGCAUUUGAAAUCGCUGUUUGCUGCAAUUAUUUUGACUUUUGGUGUCAACUAUGGACUGGAUAUCAACUUUGAUAUAUCAAAAGGUGAUAUUGGACACAAUUCUUAUAAUAAAACUGUAACUACAGUAAAACUUAACACAAAUAUAACAACAUCGAUAAGCACUAAUAUAACAGGAAAACGAAAUCCAGAUAUUAUUAGCACUCAUAAAACUCCCAAAACAACUCCAAUCCCUGGAAGUUACAAACUGAAAACGAAAAGACGGAAAACUAGGAAUAGUAAACGGAAAACUACUAAACACAGAACUAGAAAGAGUAAACGGAAAACCCACAAAACUACUAAAACACCCAAAACUACUAGAACUCCUACAACUAUUAAAGCCACAACUCACACAGUAACGACUACAACCAUGAUUCCUACAAUAUUGAAUGUCACAACUCACACAAUGACGACUACCACCAUAAUUCCUACAAAUAUGAGUACUACUACAAUUCCGACUACGUAUACUGCUCCUACAACUACGAUCACUUCCCCCAUUGGUUAAUAAUAGUUUUCUAAUUUACGUAAAAAUUAUUUGAAUAAAGAAUAUGUCUGUUUAUUAUA